AUGGAGGCCAUCAUUCGCCCGGCAUUGACCGCCUCUGGUCGUCGCACAGUCACUACCCGUUUCCGUCCAGCAUGCCGCUGCCUGCACAACAGCGCCUCAAGGACAGCAACGCCACUACCUCAUGGCAUCGCUGCCGGACCGCCACCGCAACCUCCCCAAGCACCCACUACCGAGACCGAGGAACGUGUUGCGCGUAAGAGACAACAAGCUGCUCUUCUGGAAAGACAGGCGCAGAUCAAGGUUGACCCCAAGAAGCCCGCCACAGCCUUGCGCAAGCGUUUCUGGAAGGAGUCCUCGGUCGUCGAAACACCUGACGGUCUGCAGAUCAUGCUUGACAAGCGCCCGGUCCGAACGGCUUCAAAGGAGAUUCUGACUCUUCCUCCCACCAAACACGCCCUCGCCUCAGGCAUUGCCCUUGAAUGGGAUCUCCUCACCUCUGCUCAACAAGCACUCAAACACCACUAUAUUCCUCUCACAUCGCUGAGUUCCCGCGCAGUCGACAUCCACAAUGCAGACCUUGCAGGAGACAAGAAGAUACGGGAGAGCGUCGUCACAAUGUUGAUGCGCUACCUCAGUACCGACACAUUGCUUUGCUGGGACCCCGAGAAGAGUAUCCAUGACCCUUCAUCCAGUCUCGACAUGAAGGACGAUGGUCAGCCGAAGCAAAGCUUGAGAUCGAAACAGGUUGAGAACGCCGAGCCCAUUCUUGCAUACCUCACGACGCACAUUUUCCCCGGACUUGAGGUCGUGCCCAUCUUGGGCGAGGAGAGCAUCAUGCCAGUACCGCAACCCAAGGUUACUCAGGAAGUAAUUCGCGGAUGGAUGACUGCCCUGCCUGCGUUCGAACUCGCAGGUCUGGAGAGAGGAGUUUUGGCCACCAAGAGUCUGCUUGUUGCGAUCCGCCUACUGGUUGAAUGGAGUCAGGAGUUCAGACACCUGCAAAAGAACAACGGUGGAUCAAGAUUCGGCAUUCCUGAAGCUCGUGCAGCUGCAAGUGUUGAAGUGACAUGGCAGACGGACAUGUGGGGAGAGGUUGAAGACACUCACGAUGUGGACAAGGAGGAUGUUGCGAGACAGCUGGGCAGUGUUAUUCUGCUGUCGUCGAUCGCAAAGUCGCUCUUGUCAAAGGUGACGAGCAGAGGCGACGCGCCUCAUAACGAGGCUCCCGACUCUCCAGCAACAGACAACCUCGAGCCAUCUUCUCCGACCAUGGCUUCGGGCCGUACUUCUUUCCAGAGCGCGCGACCGACCCCUCAUCUGGUCACGACCAUGACCAACAACAACCCUGACAGUGCAUCUGCAACAUCACCACCCUCUCGAUCACCGCAAGCUCCUCGCAAUGGCUCGAUUACCACCAUGCCCCAAGGAUCCACAACGUCAAUCGAGCAGUCGGUCAAGCUGUUCAAGGUGUUUGAAGCCUUGCGACAAGGUGACACUGCCGCCAUCAACAAGCACUUGCGCGAAGACUCGACUAGACUUGAAGGAAACACCAUCCUACACCUCGCCGUACAAUGCGCCGAGCCGUCAGUCGUCGAGUAUGUCCUGAGCAUGGGCCAGAGCACUCUCGACGUCAAUGCCAGAGACCGCGACGGCAACACUCCCCUGCACAUUGCCUCCUCUCUUGGUCGCACCUCUGUCAUCAAGCUCCUCCUCGACCAGCCGCAGGUCAAUGAAUCGACUACAAACUUCCAGGGAAAGACGCCUCUCGAUCAAGCUCGCAGUCCAGACGCUUUCCAGCUCCUCCAGCUCGCCCGCUCUCUCUUCAUCGACAGAACUACAAAGAGGAUCCAGCACCUCGUCCAGUCCGCCGACUAUGGCACUCUCGAAGAUGUCCUCGCCGAUGACCACGUCCGCCAUGUCGUCGACAUCAACGCCCCCGAAUUGGCUACCGAGCCCCAGACCGUCGAGUCAGGCGGCACCCUGCUGCACGAAGCAACUCGCAAGAAGGAUACACAGCUCAUUCAGAUCCUCCUCCUCAAUGGUGCCGACCCCUUCCGUCGCGAUCGCAAAGGCAAGCUGCCUCAAGAGAUCACAAAAGACGACCACACCAAGCAGAUUCUUAAAAAGUCGCCUGCUGCUGCCGCCGCUCAACGUGGUGUUCAAGAGAAGGCUAUACUUGGUACAGGCGAGGGUCCGCCAGAGAAUGCUUUGAGUGCAAAGGAGGCCCGUGAGAUGAAGGGAUACCUCAAAAAGUGGACAAACUACACUUCCGGUUACAAGCUGCGAUGGUUCGUGCUGGAGGAUGGUGUCUUGAGCUACUACAAGCACCAAGAUGAUGCUGGCUCUGCUUGUCGUGGUGCCAUCAACAUGAAGAUUGCUUCUCUUCACAUGGACUCCAAGGACAAGCUCACGUUUGAGAUUCACGGAAAGUCGUCGGUCAAGUACCACCUCAAGGCAAACCACGAGGUCGAGGCCAAGCGCUGGUUCUGGUCACUGAACAACGCCAUCCAGUGGUCAAAAGACGAGGCUCGUGAAGAGCAGAAGCGUCAACGUCAGGAAGGCGAGGCCUUGCGCCAGGCUGCUGCCGACAAACAUUCCGGUGCUCCUUCUGUUGCCGACUCUUCCACUCUUGCACCCACCGUCACCAGCGACCGCCGUACAAGUAUCGCCCGCACGACCGAUGGAGAGACUCUGUACGGCGACGAGUCCAGCAGGCUGACCAGAGCGCACACAUUCGAGACAGAGGGCGAACGGGACUUUGAGGAUGAGGAGGAUGACUACGGUGACGAUGACAGCUCCCACGACAUCAAGCCCAUCAACAAGGACGCUUUCAACAUCACUGCUCAAUCUGCCAAGCUCCAGCUCGAUUUGCUGGCCUCCGUGUCAAACUCGCUGCAGCAAGAGAAGGUCAACAACCCAACUCUCCCUCUCGGCCACCCUGAUGUCGAAUAUGCUCUGACCUCGUACGACACUGCUGUCGGCAACCUCAGGGGCCUCCUGAUCGAUCUUCUUCGUCUCUCCAAGGAUCACGAUGCAUACUGGCAACACCGUGUCGACCGUGAAGCACAUAUCCGCAAGUUGUGGGAAGAGAGCAUGGCUCGCGUUGCUGCUGAACAAGAAGAGUUGGAGAAUCGAAUCGGCGAGAGUGAGGACAAGCGCAAGAGAACAAAGCGUGCUCUGAGAGACGCUCUCGAAGGUCAAGGUUCGGGUACUGCAAGUCGGGCUCGCAGUCGUAGAGGAACCACAGCUACUCAAAGCAGCAAGCUCGCCGCUGCCGUUGCUGACAUUCCUGUCGCUGAUGAUGGAACUGCUGUGGCCGCAGAUACUGCCUCUCUCAGUCGCAGACAGACCCUUGCUGACUUGACCAACCACGACGUCUCGGACGACGAGUCUGACAUGGAUGAGCAGUUCUUUGACGCCGUCGAUGCUGGAGAAGUCGAGGUUGUUGGUCAGAUGCCUGUCGCCAGUACACCUCAAACCAGCACGCAACCCGAGGAAAAGACCGCCCCGGCUGAAGACAACACAUCUACCGCCAUUCAAAAAUCGUACAAGGGAUACGAAGACCCUGUUAGAUCCAAGCUUCCUAUCGAUGCCGAUAAUCGACCCAAGGUCUCGCUUUGGGGUAUCCUCAAGAAUAUGAUUGGCAAGGACAUGACCAAGAUGACUUUGCCUGUCACCUUCAACGAACCCACCUCCCUUCUCUACCGUGUCGUUGAAGAUAUGCAGUACACUGAGCUUCUAGACACCGCUGCCGAACGUUCCGACUCUGCUGAGAGAAUGGUUUAUGUUGCUGGUUUCGCUGCUUCGGAAUAUGCUUCCACCAUCGGAAGAGUUGCAAAGCCUUUCAACCCUUUGCUAGGUGAGACCUUCGAAUAUGUUCGUCCUGACAAGGGUUACCGCUUCUUCAUCGAGCAAGUAAGCCAUCACCCUCCUAUUGGUGCCGCUUAUGCAGAGAGUGCCAAGUGGGAAUACUAUGGUGAAUCUUCUCGUGGCUGGAAAGCAUCAUCCGCCUUCCUUGUCGCCGGCAAAGUCACCGAUGCAAAGGGCGUACCCAAAUGGAGCAUCGGAGGCCGCUGGAAUGACAAGAUCUACGCCCGACCCACUCCUGGCUACGAAGAUGAGAACCUCGGCACAUCCACCAAAUCGCAAGAGUCCAACCAAGCUAUUCUCGUCUGGGAAGCCGGUCCCCGUCCGGCUGGAAUUCCUUUCAACCUUACACCUUUCGUCAUCACACUAAAUGCUUUGCCAUCGCGUCUGCAACCACUUCUCGCACCUACAGAUUCGAGAUUCAGACCCGAUCAACGUGCCAUGGAAGAAGGCAAAUAUGACGUCGCAUCUGACGAAAAGAAUCGUGUUGAAGAAAAGCAAAGAGCCAGACGACGUGAGCGUGAAGCAGCGGGUGAACAUUUCGAACCCAGAUGGUUCAAGUCUGAGAAACAUCCCAUAACCGGAGAAGAGUAUUGGAAAUUUGGUGGCGAGUAUUGGGGUGUUAGAGAUAAGGUUGCCAAUGGAGAGGUAACAUGGAAGGAAGCCGGAUUGGAAGAGAUUUAUUGA